AUGGCAAGUACGGGAGAAAUUGGGACGCUCUUGCAGAGCAUGGAGGGUUUUGGACAUGCAGGGUCGCAUUUCUUCCUACCGGCGCUUGGAGAAAGCCUCGGGCUGCUCAAUGAUCCCCUCGUUCCGGCGGAGAGACUUUCUCGCAGCACACCGGCGGAUUUAACGCAUUUAAAGGGAAUUCUGCGGAGGAGGCAGCUUUACUGUAGAACUGGAUUUCACCUUGAAAUACUCCCAGAUGGCACGGUGCAAGGCACGAGAAAAGACCACAGUCGCUUCGGUAUCUUGGAAUUCAUAAGCCUGGCAGUUGGAUUAAUCAGCAUCAGAGGAGUGGAUACUGGUCUCUACCUCGGGAUGAAUGACAAGGGGGAGCUCUAUGGCUCUGAAAAACUGACAGCUGAGUGUGUCUUCCGGGAACAGUUCGAGGAGAAUUGGUACAACACAUACUCUUCAAACCUGUACAAACAUGGGGAAAAGGGGGCACGGUAUUAUGUUGCGCUCAACAAGGAUGGAACACCACGGGAUGGGACAAAAUCGAGACGGCAUCAGAAGUUCACGCAUUUCCUACCCAGGCCAGUGGACCCGGACAAAGUCCCUGAACUCUACAGAGAAGUGUUAGGCCACAGUUGAGACCAUUAGCC